CAGACUGUCCAGUGAAUAGGCUGUGCUGCUAGAUUUAAACAGAGUCUCAAGCUAUUGCUGUGAUUGACCUUCCAUUUUCUGGCCUGAAAGACAUUCAGGGAAAGAGGAAGAGAUGGCAGUUUCUUGGGGCUCAGUGACCUAUGAAGAUGUAACUGUGAUAUUCACUCAAGAGGAGUGGGCACUAUUGAAUCCUUCAGAGAAGAAACUCUACAGAGAUGUGAUGUGUGAAAACUUGAGGAACUUUCUCUCACUAGAAAAAAUACAAGAACAUUCCACUAAAGAGCAGCAUAACUUGCAUGGGAGUAAACAAAGUAAUACAGCAGUGAAAAUCUCUGAGCGCAAAAAAUGUCAGAAUGGUAGAAAAUCUCAAGAAUGUGAAGUAUACAAUAAAUUACUCACUUCUGUUCAAAAACAUGAAAGGAUUUACAUUGGAGAGAAACCCUGUGAAUGUAAACUAUGUAGUAAAACAUUCAGGAAAUCCAGUCAUCUUCUGAAGCAUGAACAAACUCACAGUGGAGAGAAAUCCUAUAAAUGUAAACUAUGUAGUAAAACAUUCAGUUGUUCCAGUGAUCUUCAGAGACAUGAAAGAAUUCACAAUGGAGAGAAACCCUAUGAAUGUAAACAAUGUAGUAAAACAUUCAGGAUAUUCAGUCAUCUUCUGAAGCAUGAACAAACUCACAGUGGAGAGAAACCCUAUGAGUGUAAACUAUGUAGUAAAACAUUUAGCUGUUCCAGUAAUCUUCAGAGACAUGAAAGAAUUCACAGUGGAGAGAAACCCUAUGAAUGUAAACAGUGUAGUAAAGCAUUCAGGAAAUCCAGUCAUCUUCUGAAGCAUGAACGAACUCACAGUGGAGAGAAACCCUAUGAAUGUAAACUAUGUAGUAAAACAUUCAGUUGUUCCAGUGAUCUUCAGAGACAUGAAAGAAUUCACAGUGGAGAGAAACCCUUUGAAUGUAAACUAUGUAGUAAAACAUUCAGUUGUUUCGGUAAUCUUCAGAUGCAUGAAAGAAUUCACAGCGGAGAGAAGCCCUAUGAAUGUAAACUAUGUAGUAAAACAUUUAGUUGUUUCAGUAGUCUUCAGAAACAUCAAAGAAUUCACAGUGGAGAGAAACCCUAUGAAUGUAAACAGUGUAGUAAAACAUUCAAUUAUUCCAGUAGUCUUCAGACACAUCAAAGAAUUCACAGUGGAGAGAAACCCUAUGAAUGUAAACUAUGUAGUAAAACAUUUAGUUAUUCCAGUAGUCUUCAGACACAUCAAAGAACUCACAGUGGAGAGAAACCCUAUGAAUGUAAACUAUGUAGUAAAACAUUUAGCUGUUCCAGUAAUCUUCAGAGACAUGAAAGAAAUCACAGUGGAGAGAAACCCUUUGAAUGUAAACAAUGUAGUAAAACAUUCAGGAAAUCCAUUUAUCUUCUGAAGCAUGAACGAACUCACAGUGGAGAGAAACCCUAUGAAUGUAAACAAUGUAGUAAAACAUUCAGGAAAUCCAGUCAUCUUCUGAAGCAUGAACGAACUCACAGUGGAGAGAAACCCUAUGAAUGUAAACUAUGUAGUAAAAAAUUCAGUUGUUCCAGUAAUCUUCUGUCACAUGAAAGAAUUCACAGUGGAGAGAAACCCUAUGAAUGUAAACAAUGUAGUAAAACAUUCAGUUUUUCCGGUAAUCUUCAGAAACAUGAAAGAAUUCACAGUGGAGAGAAGCCCUAUGAAUGUAAACUAUGUAGUAAAACAUUCAGUUGUUCCAGUAGUCUUCAGAAACAUCAAAGAAGUCACAGUGGAGAGAAACCCUAUGAAUGUAAACAAUGUAGUAAAACAUUUAGUUAUUCCAGUAGUCUUCAGAAACAUCAAAGAAUUCACAGUGGAGAGAAACCCUAUGAAUGUAAACAAUGUAGUAAAACAUUCAGUUAUUCCAGUAGUCUUCAGAAACAUCAAAGAACUCACAGUGGAGAGAAACCCUAUGAAUGUAAACUAUGUAGUAAAACAUUCAGUUGUUCCAAUAGUCUUCAGACACAUCAAAGAAUUCACAGUGGAGAGAAACCCUAUAUAUGUAAACAGUGUAGUAAAGCAUUCAGCCGAUCCAGUCAUCUGCAGAGACAUGAAAGAAUUCACAGUGGAGAUAAACCCUAUAAAUGUAAUCUAUGUCGUAAAACAUUCAGUUGUUCUGAUAAACUUCAGACACAUCAAAGAAUUCACAGAGGAGAAAAACCCUAUGAAUGUAAACAGUGUAGUAAAGCAUUCAGGCGAUCCAGUCAUCUUCAGACACAUGAACGAGCCCACAGUGGAGAGAAACCCUAUGAAUGUAAACUAUGUAGUAAAACGUUCAUUUAUUCCAGUAGUCUUCAGACACAUCAAAGAAUUCACAAUGGAGAGAAACCCUAUGAAUGUAAACAAUGUAGUAAAACAUUCAGUUAUUCCGGUAAUCUUCACACACAUGAAAGAAUUCACAGUGGAGAGAAACCCUAUGAAUGUAAACUAUGUAGUAAAACCUUCAGAUCUUCCAGUAGUCUUUGGACACAUAAAAGAAUUCACAGUGGAGAGAAACCUUAUGAAUGUAAACAGUGUAGUAAAACAUUCAGGCUAUCCAGUGAUCUUCAGAGACAUGAACAAACGCACAGUGGAGAGAAACCCUAUGAAUGUAAACAGUGUAAUAAAAUAUUCAGUUGUUCCAGUCAUCUUCAGACACAUGAAAGAAUUCACAGUGGAGAGAAACCCUAUGAAUGUAAACAAUGUAGUAAAACAUUCAGUUGUUCCAGUAAUCUUCGGACACAUGAAAGAAUUCACAGUGGAGAGAAGCCCUAUGAAUGUAAACAGUGUAGUAAAACAUUCAGUUGUUCCAGUAAUCUUCAGACACAUGAAAGAAUUCACAGUGGAGAGAAGCCCUAUGAAUGUAAACAGUGUAGUAAAACAUUCAGUUGUUCCAGUAAUCUUCGGACACAUGAACGAACGCACAGUGGAGAGAAGCCCUAUGAAUGUAAACUAUGUAGUAAAACAUUCAGUUGUUCCAGUAGUCUUCAAAAACAUAAAAGAACUCACAGUGCCGAGAAACCUUAUUAA